UCCACAGUAACAGGUGCUCGUGAUGCUGACGACUCCGGCUGAGGAAGAGUAUAGUUCUGGCAAAAAAGGUUGACAUUUUCACCUGACUCCUAUACUUCACCAUGAACCCUCCGAGUGUUUCUUUGAAGGCAAUUAUCAUCGUACACUUUGUCUUGGUGAUAUGGGCGUCCAUGAUGGAGGGCUACCUGCCCCCAGCCUACUGGGCAAUGAACCUGUUUAUCUUGAUGCUGGGAGUGUGGGGCAUUGCCUGUCCGGAGUCAGCUGAUGCUAUUCUCAUGUUCUUGAUUUUGCACCUCAUCAGUAUCCUUCAAGACAUCAUCUUUAUAGCCAUACACCAGCCUCUGGCCUACGAUGCCUUUGAAAGGCCCAACAGUAAAAGAGUGUCAGAAUUCCGGUUUUCCACAGGGAUGAGCAUUGUGAACCUGAUCGUGAAGCCUUUUACAUCCUUCCUGCUGUACCGUAUUUUCAAGGACAGGGGUGGUGAAUACGGCACCAUCAACAUACCAGGAUUCCCCAACUUUGGCCAGUCACCAACGACAGGAGGCCAGUACGAGAACAUCGAUCAACCAGUCCCAACCAACCAGGUGGACUCCCCAGAUGACCACAACCCAUACAGUGACAAGUCUCCUGUCCACCCUUAGAGAUGAGGGGGUCAAAGCUAUGAUCGUUACUGUGAUGAUGUGAAGGGAGAUAACUCUUUAAUCUGUUCUGCAUAUCACCCGAGAGAGUUAGAGAAUGGUACAGGUUUACAUAUGUAGUCACAUCUUGUGUUUUUAAGAAGAUUUUUUUUUCAAUGAGUGUUUUUCUUCCGAAAAAAUGUAUGGACAUUUUUGGUACAGUAAUUGGUGCCAGUAUGUUACCCCCUUGUAAAAGCUAUUUUUAUCUCUGUGAUGAUAAGAUAAAUUAUUGGUUUUUAUCAGAGUAAUGUCCAGAUUUUCUUGUAUAAUACUGUGUAAAACUCCCCUUGGAUAAUCCUGUUCUUUGGCUAGGUGCCCCUAGACAUUAAACUUAGAUAAUCAGAAAUGUUUACGGUCUAAAUAAUUUAUUUUCCAAUGUACUGGGUAGAUUUUGUUAGCGAAUACUUGAAAUCAUAAAUAAUUUUCAAUAUUGAUAGUAAUUACUUGUAUCUAUGAAACAAAGAUUUGCCAAAGAUUUAAAUUUGUGAAUUUGUCUCCUUGCAAAUAAACUCAAAAUUGAUCUCGCAGAAAAACAAAGUAAUUAAUUAUGAUUAAAAAAAGUAGUUUAUGCUUUGACAUUAUCAGUGACUACUGACCAUUGUCUUUAGUCCGUAAAAUAUUUGAUUGCAACAAAUAUUGAUGUGUUGGAAUAGAAAGAACAAAUUCUGAUGAAUUUUUGUUUACAAUAGUACAGAUCAAUAUCAUGAAGUUGAGUUUUACAGAAUCAUUAUUAAUUGAACUUUUUUAUUACUUUUUAUGUGAGGUUGGAUAGGUUGAAGUGGAAAUAAUUCACCUGUUAAUGUAUAUGCUGAAAAUAAGACCAGGUAAUCUUACACCAAGUCAACAUAUUUACACAAUGGCAGGAUUCAUGAGGUUUGAAUAAUUUUAUCCCAUGUCAUUUAUUUUAUAAUUAUACCCAUUCAUAUAUCAUAAUUUUUAUCUUUACAUGAUUUUAACAUUCCAUUUUUUUCUGCUGAUUUCUUCAAUGUUAUUUAUAUGCAUAUACAGGUAGCAUUUUACAUACUGGUAAUGUUAUUUUUACAUACAUAUAUGGCUGAAGAUCGUUGCUUUACAUUUCAAGCAAAAUCUUAAAUGACCGUAUGGCAUGAAAAAGACUGGGACGAUGAAGUAACUUUAUGAUACAUUUUCCUCUCCACAAAUCAGUUAUAUGGUGUUUAAACAUUGAUGUAUUUGUCAUCCGCCAUUGACAGUAUGGUUCAAUUUCAUUGAUAACCUUCAGAAUUUUACAUUUGAGAGAUUAAUAUAUAUCAUAUACGUUUUUACUGAAAUCAAUAGAUCCCUAGAGCUUUAAGCUUGUGAUUAAUUAAUUGUGCAAUAUUAUUACAGGGUUAUGGAUCCACUUGCCCAAUACUUGAGACAACCAAUUUUCAGAGUUUUGCUCCAAUUUCACUAAAGGUUUUUUCAGUGUAUUUUAAUGGGACAAGUAGACAUUUUUGGGCAAGUGUAUUUUUAAUGCCGUUCUUUGCUUUGAAGAUUUAUUACAACAAUGUAUUUGGGACUGUGUAUGAGAUGGAAAGAAAGAGAGACGUGUUUCUGUAAGGUAUAUAUAAUACACCACACUUUAUGCACAGUGACAGGUACACUAGCCUUUUCUGUCAAUACACCCAUAAUAUAAACAAGGUUGCUAACUCCGUCCACCUAGUAAAAUGACCUGCGUGGAGUACUCGAAAGAGGGCAUUGCAGUAUUCACAGAUAACAUGCCAUUUUGUCAUAACUGUUCAUAGUAUAACGCCGGGAGCAGUCUAGAUCGACCGGAAAAUAUCUUUAAUUUGAUGUAUGAUUUACCAUAUCUCAUGCAGUAAAUUUUCGAUAGACCCUAUGAAACAUCGAACAACGGUCGAAUGUCAGCUGGUCAGAAAAAGUAUUUUCCUGUCAAUCUAGACUGUUCCCAGCACGAUACUAUGAACGGUUAUGACAAAAUGGCAUGUUUUCUAUAACGGUUAUUUUACUAGGGGGACGGAGCUAGCUACCUUGAUUAUAUGAGGGGGGGUGUAGUGAUAGACAAGACUAGUACCUGUGCUUUAUGUUGAAAAGUGUAUGAAACAUUUGCUAGUAUUUUAAAUUAAUCAUCCAUCAGUACAUUUCCAGACAAAUAGCCUCCCACCAUCCUCAUACCAAUCAUUCGAGUCUUAAACUUAGAACAACACUUUCAUUAAACAUUCCACAAUGAGUUAUUAAAACAGGAACUAUUUUGAUCUUUUAAUUUAUAUAAUUAUUACAUUUUAUGCCCUUGUUAUAUAUUUUUAACCAAUGUUAAUUACUGUUUGCAAAUAUACUGUGACUAUAUGUACUUUGUAAAUAUAGAAAUGAAUGUAUUUUGUCUGGUUGUAAUUUGUUAAAAGUUUGUUAGAAGAAACAUUCCUAAUUUGCAAUUUUCUCUCUUUGUAAAUUGAAGAGAAAAACAAAUGUUGUGAAAUCCCUUAUUUUUGUUGUUGAUUUCGUGGAAAAUUUUCAUCCACAAAUUCAUAGGUCCACAAAUUAAAUACAAGUAUGAUGAAAUGCAAUAUUCCAUUUGAGUGUGUACUCAUAAUCGACGAAUUCAUGUACCCACGAAAUGGUGGGAUUUUUUUUCCGGAAAACCACGAAAUUUGGGCCCCACCAAAAAUAUCGGAUUUCACAGUAUCUCAUGCUAUGUUAACAAUUUAUAAUGAACCGAAACAACUGGGGACGUCAACUCCAGGUAAGAGGUAGUUCAUUACAGUGUAUUUGAAAAAACAUCUUGUGAUUUAUGGAUGAUGAUGUGCUAACCACAUGUUUGAUUUUACAAUAUUUGUUUUCAUUAGCAAAUUGAACGAGGUUUGAGAGCUGUUUACAUGUUAUUGGUAUGACAGUUUAUCUUUGCAAAGGUGAUAAUUUAUCCCUAUCUGCAUUUAUUUAAUAUUUUAACAAUCUUUUCUGACUUUGAUGUUUUUGAAGAACCAAUACUUGUAGUGAAGGUUUACAAAAUAACAAAGUGAGCGGGGCUCACAGAAUUGCACCCAACUGACCAGCUUCUGACCUAAAAGGUAAUGUGUAUGUGAAAUUUAAUUCAGCGCUGGUCUUCUUGGCCACAUAGCAUGUGUGACACAGGACGAUUCCGUCGGGUAAUAUAAUACACACACCUAAAGAAGUACCUAAGCUUCAGCAGUUCAGUCCAUGCAAGAUCUUAACGAAUAUACCAUGGUAUGUACAAAGCUGGCAGUCUUUGCUGAACAGUACUAGUGACACCUCCAUAUUCAAGUCACCUUAUGACAGUGUUCUCUGUAUGGUCGUUUUAAUUUGAGUCAUGGAUGUUCUUUUCCUCAGUAAAUUUGGCUUUGAGAUACUGUAAAAUCUGAAAGUAUUGUUAUAAAUUUAAAGGUCACAUUAUUUCUAUAAAGGUCAAACUAGUAGUUAAAUGGUAAAAAUUCUUAUACAUACAACAGAGGUUGGCUAGCUGGGGUGACUUCUUGGCUUUUUGAAAUGUUGGGAGAGACCAGAAUAAGUGUUGCUGCAUGUUAGAUAUUUGUUUCUGUGAUGUUCUGUUUAAGAUAUAGUUCAAUGAUUUUGAGUGUUUACACAGUAUAUACAUACCUGGUAGUACAACGGUAAUUUAAUCAUUUGAAAAUCUAAUCAUUCCUUAUUAAACUGUUUAUAAUAGGGUUCUGCUAUAGGUUAUAGUUCUCUGCAUUCCUAUUUAUUACGUAAUCAAUUUGCAUCAGGUUUUUUUAGCCCGGACCAAAUUUUAUUUACAGAUUGAUAUUCCACUUGUUAUUAUUAUUAUCAUCAUCAUAUAAAUACCAAGACAUACCGAUGUAGAAAUAUUUUUUCUUUAAACACAAACAGUGUAAGUGUCGCAAUGUUUGAAGACCGACUGGUCCCUUUGUCAAGCUUAUUGCCGGAGUGAGUGAUUUGUAUUGUACGUGUACAACGAUGUGAUAAAAAUACACAAGAAUUGUAUAUUUCUUAUGUCACUACCAGGUACAUAUUCAAUCCAGUUUUUACGCUCUUUAUCAAGAGGCACACCAUCUGGGGUCAAGUGAUAUGAAUAUACAAUUUUGUCACAUUGUUGUACAGUGCAAAUCUCUCUCUCAGUUAUAGCUUUAAAAAGGGACCAGUCGGUCUUGAAAUGUUGCGACACAUUUAACACAUACUUUGUUUGUGUAUAAAGUAAAACUUUGAUAUCACAUGUACCUGUUUCCCAAUUGAUGAAACUUAUUGAAGAAUACCAAGUAGAAAUAUGUUAAGCAGUUCUCAUACAAGUUUGUACAUUAGUUUUAGAAUGCAUUCAUACAUGUGUCAGACAUACACCAGAUAUCCCACUGGAUGGAUCAUACAUGUGUCGGACAUACACAAGAUAUCCCACUGGAUGGAUCAUACAUGUGUCGGACAUACACCAGAUAUCCCACUGGAUGGGUCAUACAUGUGUCAGACAUACACCAGAUAUCCCACUGGAUGGGUCAUACAUGUGUCAGGCAUACACCAGAUAUCCCACUGGAUGGGUCAUACAUGUGUUGGACAUACACCAGAUAUCCCACUGGAUGGGUCAUACAUGUGUCAGACAUACACCAGAUAUCCCACUGGAUGGGUCAUACAUGUGUCAGACAUACACCAGAUAUCCCACUGGAUGGGUCAUACAUGUGUUGGACAUACACCAGAUAUCCCACCGGAUGGGUCAUACAUGUGUCAGACAUACACCAGAUAUCCCACUGGAUGGGUCAUACAUGUGUCGGACAUACACCAGAUAUCCCACUGGAUGGGUCAUACAUGUGUCAGACAUACACCAGAUAUCCCACUGGAUGGGUCAUACAUGUGUCAGACAUACACCAGAUAUCCCACUGGAUGGGUCAUACAUGUGUCAGACAUACACCAGAUAUCCCACUGGAUGGGUCAUACAUGUGUCAGACAUACACCAGAUAUCCCACUGGAUGGGUCAUACAUGUGUCAGACAUACACCAGAUAUCCCACUGGAUGGGUCAUACAUGUGUCAGACAUACACCAGAUAUCCCACUGGAUGGGUCAUACAUGUGUCAGACAUACACCAGAUAUCCCACUGGAUGGGUCAUACAUGUGUCAGACAUACACCAGAUAUCCCACUGGAUGGGCAAUCUCUCUGAGAGUUUUUCUGUCAAGGAUCAUUAAGCUGUUGGGAGCAAACAUCUAACUUUUUGUACAUGUCUUGUUGGCAACUUGAACACCAGUCAAAGAGUACAAGUAAUCAGCGUUUUGUAUAUGUGCCAGUCAAAUGUAACAAAAUUUCAAUGGACUCAUUGAAAACUUGAAAAUUCAUUAAUUUGUCAUUGAAUGACUCAAUAAUUUUAAGAACUUGACAGGAAAUUACUAUUUGAAAAAGAAGAUAAGGAAAUUACUGAAAAGGUAGAAAAACACUGCUUCAAGUUUUAAUGGAAGUGCCUUCCUCUUUUCGAGUCUGAUCAAGUAAUUCUUUGAUAACUUUUUUUUCUGUACAGCCUGUUGGUUUCACAUACAUAUUAGUUUUCAAAUUAAAUGAAGCUCCGUAUAAAGUUUGAUGUCUUCAAACUCUAAAAAAAAAACAGCAGUCACAUACAUUUUGGUUGGAAAGGUUUUAAGGUCGAUACAUUUAUGAAUAUUCAUGAACAUCUUAUUUAAUCUUUUAUAGCUUAAGCUUAUAAACUGACCAGAAAUAAAAAUUGAUAAAAAUUCACA